AUGUCUUCUUCUCUGGUUUCUCGCGCCGAAGGCGCAUCGUCAGCAUCUCCCUUGUCGUCCUCUUCUUCAGCCUCUCCAUCUCCUUCGGCAAAAUCACGCAGCUCGGCCACGACGCCGUCUACACCCAUCACACCCAUGGCACCCUAUUCGCCCGAGCUGCUCUCGCUCGACAAAACAAAACAGCAGCAGCAGCAGCAACAACAGCAACAGACGCCAACGUCAUUAGCAUCUCGCAUUCCGACUGUGGACGGCAAGAAACGACUGCCUCAAAACAUUGCCCACCGCGGCUUUCGUGCCAAGUUCCCCGAGAACUCCGUCGAAGCAUUCCGGGCCGCGCUGGCAAGCGGCGCCGUCGCACUCGAGACCGAUGUCCACCUGUCCAAGGACAAGGUCGUCGUCCUGUCACACGACGCGACGCUCAAGCGCUGCUUUGGCCGUCCGGACAAGAUUGCCGACUGCGACUGGUCGUUGUUGGAGACGCUGCGGACGACCAAGGACCCGCAUGUGCCCAUGGCGCGGCUGACGGACCUGCUGUCCUUUUUGUCGGAGCCGGGUCGCGAGCACGUGUGGGCGCUGCUGGACAUCAAGUGGGACGACGACGCCGAAGAACUGGUGACGCGGAUGGCCGAGACCAUCUUGGCGACACCGGGCGACUGGAGCAAGCGGAUUGUGCUCGGAUGCUGGCAGGAUAAGCUGCCCGGCUUCCCCAUUGCCUACAUUGGCUUUUCCCUCGCGUACGCCUACGAGUUGCUCAAGUACGACUGUGUCGGCUACUUCAACCUGUUGCAGGGGAUUUUGGUCGGCCCGCGCGGCCGUCGCUUCAUCCGUGAAGCCCACGCCAAGGGCCGUGGCAUCCUCGUGUGGACCGUCAACUCCGAAGAGUGGAUGGACUGGAGCAUCCACAACGGCGUCGACGGCGUCAUCACGGACGAUCCGUCCAAGUUUGCUGACGUCCGGAAGCGGUGGGAGCGUGAUGAGAAGGACGGUGAAGACGGUGAAGACGGCGACGAUGGCGACAAAGACGAUGCUGUGCCCGCUUCGGAACUGACACCUCUUCGGCGCACAGCGGACAAGGCACCGCCGACAGCCCACCCGCCCGACACCAAGACAUUGUCCGGCUUCUUCCUGCGGCGCUGGGCGAAGCUCUACGCCAUCAUCGGCCUGCUGCGGAUGCUGGAGCAGGUCUUUACCAACGUCAUGCGGGUCAGGAACGGCUGGGAAAGCAAGGUUGUUCGGGCAGCGCUGGAUCGGCCUUGA